CUGCUAGAUUUCGGAAAUGUACCUGAUUCUGCAUCUAUUUAUAUAGAUGAUCGUGUCAGGAAAGUGAGGGAUCAGGAUGAACUACAACCUCAACCGGCCUCUAUGGACUUCCAAGAAGCUCCGCGAGGUGGCGCUGAUCUAACUAAGCGGCGCUACGAACCGAGGUGGCGCCAGCAGUUACAUGUGCAGGCAUCAAAUGCACAACCACUCGCGAUAUACGCAAUGCAGACGUCCAUUAAUACGUCGGUUGCACGAGGUACUGAAGAGUUUGCCUCUUCGUGGGGCGCUUCUGACCGCGCAGCCGGCUGGGUACAACAUACGAACAACCCCCAAGACUUGCUUCGUCAGGAAAGUUCCUUAUAG